GGUUAUGUCCAGUUUGGUUGCAUUUGUGCUCAGCAUCUUUUCUGAGGACGAGCGAGAAAAUGCUGAGAAAUGCAACGGUAAACAUCGAGUAUGGGGUAAAACCACCAGGGACCUCUUACGUGUUUUCAACAAAUUUCAAGACGGCAAUGAAAGACUACCAAUCCAUCUAAUCCGAGAUGUGUUUAACAGCAUUAAUCUGUACCCUUCCAACUCACAAGUGUAUGAGAUGGUGCAGUGCGCGGUCGAGUAUGGCAGUCCCUGUGAACCAGACCACAUUACCUUUGGAGAGUUUUGUAUUCUAGUGACAGAACUCCAGAAUUAUUACACCAGGAGGCUUUCGCCUCCAGUCCCUAAGUCCCUCUACAAGGAAAAGUGUCAAGACACCAUGGAAUGUUCAAAGUGGAAGCGAAAAGUGUUUCUGGGUGGUUCCUGUAACCCCACCACAUGGAGACAGGAAGCAGCAAUACCAUUCUUUAAGAAAAAAGGAAUAACUUUCUAUAAUCCACAAGUUCAGACAUGGCGUCCUGAAUUAAUGGAAGUGGAGGCACAAGCUAAAGAGAGUGCAGAUCUUUUGAUGUUUGUGAUUGAUAACAGAACUCGAGCAGUGUCCUCUAUGAUUGAGACAGCUUAUUUAACAGCACGUGGCAGACAGGUGAUAGCGGUGAUGGAUGAUUAUAAUUCUACCGAUGUUUAUUUCAACCAGGAGAGAGUCACAGCAAAGGAGCUUGAUGACAUAUUAAGAGGUCGACAAAUUCUGGUUGAUCUGAUUGAAAGAAAUGCCCUCCCAGUCUUCAAGGAUGUCAACACAGCCCUACGGUGUGCUGCACAUGUCAUACAAAAAAAUAUCCCAGUAUCAGAUCUCGGUAAAGAACAAGGGGCAGUGCCAACCAAAUAUGGCUUCCUUAAAGUUGGAGAGCUUUUACUUCAGCUUAGAGAGGCUUUUAACUCCAUGAACACUUCUACUGAUGGGAGACUCAAUCUGUCAGACAUUUGUUUGGCUCAUAAAAGCUGCAUGGGAUUUGAUCUAGAUGUUAACUGGCUUAAGAAAUAUGGUCAUUGUAAUGACAACACAACAUAUAGCUUUGAGGAAUUCUGUUGUAUCCUGGCCGAGUACCACUCACAAAAAAAGUCUGUCUGGAAGAGAGUUAUUGACAUAGCAAGAAAUAUGUUACCAUCAAGUGUGUCCCAGCAUGCCCUGGGUAUGGAUUGUAACAAAGAGUAUGACUCGACCUUUGACAUUUACCUGGGUGGAAGCUGUGGAGACUCAGAAUGGAGGGACAACAUUGCCAUUCCCACCAUCAGGAAGUAUGGUUUGUCCUAUGCCAAUCCUCAUGUAAGAGCAGAAUGGAAGCAUAAAUUCAUCCCAAUGCAGGUGGCGAAUCGUGAAAAAUGUCGAGUUCUGCUGUAUGUGAUCACCGGAAAAACCAGGUCUCUCUCCUCCAUGAUAGAGGCUGGAUAUUACAUUGGAAAGGGAUGCAAAGUAGUUCUUUGUGUUCAGAAAAUGGUGCCAGACACUUACAUUGGAGGCGAAAAGAUAACAAAAGCGGCAGCAGAUGACUACAAUAGAGGGCGCUCCUACUUGAUUGACCUUGCCAGUCGUGAAGGCGUUCAGUUGUUUGAGGACAUAAGUGAAGCCGUUGAUUGUGCAAUAGACAGUCUUCCGGAGCGCUGCUCAGUGGCCUCGGUCUCCAGGGCUGGAACACCACAGAAGAUUUCUCGACCGAACACUCCUGUAAAGAUCCGUAGUCCCAUGCUGUAGAGAUUGUAUAAUGAUGAAUUUUCCCCAUCCCAGGGAGUUAUCUCAUCAUUAGUGUGGUAACACACUGUGCUUGUUGCUGAUGUAGCAACUCUCUAGUUAGCCAUGGAUUGAGGCAUUGUGGCAACCUUUGAGGAAGGAACCUCUAAUUUGCCGACUAAUUGCCAGCUGCCAUGUGACGUAUCCCUCAUCAAUUCAUCUUUGACCAAAGACAUACGUUAAUUAUGUCUCUGCCUUGACUAAGACUUUAUCCUCUUCUGUUGAGGUCAAAACAAGAUUUUCUUUCUACCUCUCUGUCUCUAUCAGCGUCUUAGUUGGAAAAUGAAAGUAGAACAGAUUUGCAAAAGGGAAGCAACUCUUGUUAUAGAAUAGGAAGCCAACCUCAUUAAAUGCUACAAUAAUGUAGACUGUCCAUUAUGUAAAUCCAGAUAACGAAACGGGUUUUUGUUUUUGUUUUCUUUUUAAUUUUAUAUGUCAGGUAUUGUUUUAUCUGUUUUCAGAAAUGCAAAUUUGAAGAAUAGAACCAUUUUGAAGUUUCUUCUUUCUUUCUCAGGAAGUCUCUAAUAUUUUAUUGUAUGAGUUUGUGAACUAAGUUGUGUUUAUGUACUGUAAAAAAUAAAACAAAUAAAAGCUA